GACAGUCGGACGGCGACUGUGUUGUGAAUUUGUUUGUAGUGCUAUAAUAGUGUGUUUGUGAAAAACAGUUGGGAUAGUACUCCAAACGGUGUAAGUGAUCGCAAAAACUUUUUACCUCUUGUAAUAGCAAAAUGCUGUCUAACAAAAGUUUAAUGGCUGCUUGUGCCAUAGCCUUCUGCUGCAACGUGGCUUUAAUGGUGUUAUUUGUGAAGUAUAACUCUGGAGAGAAAUGCUAUAUUACCAUUGACGAGCAUCAGACUGUAUCUAACAUCAUGCCCGAUGAUUUCCUGAGUAUCGGCAUUGACACUUCUGAAAUAGAACAUUACAACAAAAUAGACUUUACGAAGCCGAGACUGCGGCAACUUGCAGCAGCUUUAGCGCCGGCGCGAGUUCGCCUGGGCGGCACCAUGUCUGACCGACUUAUUUUCAGUGAGAACGACAUUGUGGCGUCGUGCGACCACUGCCCAAAAGACCCCCACUCCAAGUCAGUCUGCCCAGCUGUUAGAAAGCUAUGCAAACAUAAAUACUUGCCUUUUUUCAUUAUGACUGGGAAAAAAUGGUCAGAUGUUAAUGAAUUCUGCAAAGCUACAAAAACUAAAUUGUUAUUCCCUAUGAAUGUUCUGCUCCGUGAUGAUCAUGGAUGGAAUGAUCAAAAUGCAAGAGAACUAUUGGAAUACAGCAAAAGUAAGCAUUUUGAUGUAGAUUGGCAGCUUGGAAAUGAGCCAAACUCUUUUGAACAUGUAUUUAAUUUAUCUUUGACCCCUGAAGUAUUGGCUCAUGAUUUUCAAAAACUACGGAAACUUCUUAAUCAUUCUGGAUACAAACAUUCCCUGCUGGUUGGUCCAGACACAACCAGACCCCAGUCCAAGCGUCCAUAUUGCUUAGAAUACAUGAGAGAGUUCUUGGGAAAUGGUUCAAAGACUAUAAAUGCAGUAACUUGGCAUCAAUACUAUUUAAACAGCCGAACUGCCAAACUUGAAGACUUCUGGAACCCUGAUACGUUUAAUUUAUUAAAACAGCAGAUAGAAGCAAUGAGAAAUCACACCAAGAAAUAUAGGCAUAUGCCAAUGUGGCUGACAGAGACAAGCAGCUCAUAUGGAGGAGGAGCACCUGGAUUGUCUAAUUCCUUCGCUGGGAGUCCUCUAUGGCUAGAUAAGCUAGGUCUUGCAGCAACAUACAACAUCACUACUGUAGUGAGACAGAGUUUCAUUGGUGGAAACUAUAGUCUGAUUGAUAAAGAAUUAGAACCUUUACCUGAUUGGUGGCUCAGCGUUCUCUACAAAAAGCUUGUUGGGAACAAAGUUUUACAUGUUGAUUGCAAAUGUUCUCGCUUCCAAAGAAUGUAUGCACAUUGUGCAAAUAAAAAAUACACUAACGAUACUACAGCUAUAACUGUUUUUGCUGUGAAUUUGGAGAUGGCUAAAGCAAGAUUCUUGUUGAAUGGCACUGCAUUGCAUGGAGAUAACUUGAUCAUUGAUGAGUUUAUAUUGAGUGCACCAUCCAACAACAGGCAAUCAAGAACAAUGUUGUUGAAUGGAUGGCCGCUAUAUUAUGAGUCUGCAUUACCAGAUUUGGAACCUGUGCAUUUAAAGUAUGGUAAUCAUAUUUCCAUGCCACCAUUCUCUAUGGCAUUUUGGGUCAUCAAAAAUACUUCUAUAAAAGCUUGUGCCUAGUCCUGCUUUUGUUAAGACAGUUGCCUAACUUAAUUAAGUUCAUACUUAACAUUCCAAUGAAUAAUUUUGCGUAAAGUUCUUGUACAAGUUGAAAUUACCUACCUUAUCAAUCGCUUUAAAAUAUUAUUCCCUUAAUCUCAAAUUCGAAUAAAUUACUGUUAAAUUUUGAUGUAUGUAUGCCAAAUAUGAUCAACUCUUAUAUUGCUGUGAUGUUAAUAAUUAAUUUACAUUGGUAGAUCUGUAUUAUCAUUUUCAUAUACAUAAUGUAUUAAUUGCAAUAGCUUUAACAUUGUAUUAACAUUUCUCUGUUCAUAUAGAGAUAUGUAAAAUACCUAUAAAUGUUAAACAUUAUUUUCACACUGCCUUAACAAAUGUGCUAAAGUAUUUCGACUUCUAGUUAUUUCAUACUGUAAUAUGUCGUGAUACACGACACUUUUUAUUGGUAGCUGCUGCACACAGGUAUAUCGUGCAAAUAACAAUUCCAGUUAUUUGGAUCAAUAAAAUUGCCUUUACACUCAGUAAAGAAUAUCAAGACAUUCAAUAGUCAAGUUAGAAAAAAUCAAUAAUUGACUUUGUAAAAUAUAAAAGUUUUUAACUCAUUGGGAUUACCUGCCUAAUCGUUGAGCAAAUAUGUAUUUAUAAAUUAAUAUUUAGGACAAUAGAUUUUGUUAUGGAUGACAAAUGUAAACAUUUUUUAAAAUCAUCUGUGAUCAUUUUUAAACAAAAAUCUCAAUGCAGUUAGUCAUCACAAGUCUUGUAAGUUCUACUUACAAAUGACAAUCCCAUUCAAAAAGCAAUUUGUUCAUAAGAAAGAAUUUAAACACUUGACUAAAUAAGUGUCCAAUGUAAUAAUACAGAGUAAUUGUGACUGUUUGUUACAAUAUUGCUUGCCUUGAAAAAUAUAUCUUGGCUCGUUAAAUAAGUCAAUUUCCAUUUUGAAUUAUUUUCACAGCAGUUAUCUUGGACUGUUGACAAUAACCAGCCUUCUCACCCAGUCAAGGAGAAUCAUACUUUGUUUGACAUUGAACUACUGGCCAUUUGAUAAGACAAGUCUCAAUGUGUGAGAUGGAAUAUAAUAGCAUAGAUGUAGUGAACAAAUACAAAUCAAUUUAUCUAUCUUCUUUAACUUAGUAUAGGCAAUAUGUUUUUGUUAAUAUUGUCUUGUAAAAAAGGAUAAACAUUACUUAGUUAUUUCUGAGAUCUCUCCAUAUACUUAUUAAAAUUAUGUUAAUUUAUAUACCUAUCACUAUAAUUCAUAGGGUAUUAUUCAUAGGACAUUUAUUACGUUUAUUCUUUAAUCACAAGAUACCCAUGAGGUAUGUACCUACUUGUUUUUUAUUUCUAUCUAAUUACAUAGGUAUAUUAUUCUAAUUAUUUAUCUAUAUUGUUGUGACUAGUUUUUAAGAUUUUGUUCCAGUGCCAUGUGACAUCAUAUAAACUGCUUGAUUGUAUAAUCUUCCAUCACAAAUUAAAUAGUUUAAAAAUAUGUUUCAAUUUGACAUUUACUUAAUUUGGCACAUUUCAGGUAAUUGCCCUGAAAAUGUGCAAAUUAAUAAAUACAUUGUUUCUUCUUUGCCUUGAAUAAUAUAGUACUAUAAACGUCAACAAUAUAUUCAAGCUUCAAAGUUUUUACAUGUAUAUGUUACGGGUAAUGCUAGAAGGUGGAGUAAACCUAGGUUUACCCGGGUUGACUUAGUAUUACCCAAGCUUCUUGGGUAAAGUCCGAAUAAUAAGUAAAAUAAAUUUUAAUUCGGGGUUUACCCAUGCUCACCUAGGUCUACCCAACUCUGACUGGGUAAUGUUAAAAAUUUGCCUAAUUAAUUAGAGAAAUGAAAAUCCAAGGUCAUUUUAAACAUUUAUUAUUUAAAAAACAUACAAAGGCGAUCGUAAUCGCUUGAAGAGCAUAAACUAAAUAGCUUUAAUAGCAAAAAACUAAUAGCGGUUGUUGUUGUUCAAAUUGAAAUUAUUUAUUUGAGCAACAUAAACUGCUGUGACAUUUAGAAUUGUACAAUUUUCCUGCAGCUUUUGCAUGAACACUUCUUUGUGGCACAUUUUGUUUUGCAAUUACAACUUUUAUAACCCUGGCCUCCUGAAAGCGACUGUUCAUUUGCAAGCUCUCGUAAGCUUUUUUCUGGUGAUAUAUUUUCAAAAUUAAUCAGUUUAUCAUGACACACAGAAAACUGAUUCCUUGAGAACAUUUCCUCAAUAGUACCACGUUCGUCCUAGAAUUACGCCACGGGCUCGAAAAUUACGCAUCACCUAACAUUACCCAGUCAGAGUUGGGUAGACCUAGGUGAGCAUGGGUAAACCCCGAAUUAAAAUUUAUUUUACUUAUUAUUCGGACUUUACCCAAGAAGCUUGGGUAAUACUAAUUCAACCCGGGUAAACCUAGGUUUACUCCAUCUUCUAGCAUUACCCGUAACAUAUCCAUUUUUAUAAGUAGUUAUAUACCUACUUAUUGAUGCUUAAUGCUAUUGUGUACUAUGUAAGGAUAUACAAGUAAUGUUUAAAGAUUGGGGUUUGUCCGACAUGAACAUGGCUUGAAAAGUCCAGAAUUCUAAUAUGCAGUCUAUUUGAUGUCAAAGAUAUCUUUCUUGUUUAUAGAAAUACAUUUUCGAAUUCUCAACCAGUCCUAGAAUACCUUGGUUUUCAAGUCAUGUCCAUGUUAUUGCUUACAUAUAAAGUCGCACAUAGAGUCCAAUCUCUAGUAAGUAUUGAUUGAGUCAAAGUGUUUUAUAUUAAGUAAAUUGUAUAAGAUAUAUUUAUACUUAUGUUCAUAUAGACCUAUAUUUAAAUAUUAGAUACUUACCAAUUCAGUCCAAAAACCACGUGCCCCUACUCUCCCCUACCAGUGCCAGAUCUCAAAGGAACAAACAAGUGUUUAUGAUAUAAGGCACUUUAUUUUUUACAUUUUAAUAAAAGUGAAUCUAUUUAAAGGACUCUGAAUAUUGAUUGUAUACAUGUUUUAAUUUUGAAAGAAUAUUUAACAAUAAUUUUGUAUGUGUAAUGCGGACAAAACUUGCAGAAAACUGCAAAGCCUUUCUUAUAAAGAUGUUUUGUAAAUGAGCGUCAAGUUGCCUUUUUAUACAAGGUUUUUGGCAAGAAGAUGUAGCUAACCUCUUAAACGAGUGUUUGUAUCUCGCGGUUCCAAGCCAUUAGGGAACGCGAAAGGUUCCAGCGAUUUCAUUUUAUUGAUUACCUGAGAUUGAAUUGAUGGAAUCAUGUAAUUCUUGUUACUUAAUCUUCCGAUUUAGUAAUUGUAUAAUUUAUUUUCGUUAGUAAUUGUUUAUCUCAAUCCAAAGCAGAUUAUAUUUAGUUUUCUUUAUGAAAAGCGCCCUUAAACAAAAUUUGGCAGCAAACGAGCAAAACUGGAAUAAAUCUUGGACCACGCGUAUAAUAGCGAACGCCGGAUUUCUACAGCUUCAAUUUAUUAUGACGCAUCAAAUAUUUCUGUUUUUGUGAAUUUGCGGUGCCUAAGCGUAAGACUGAUUAGUAUUACAAUUAGUAUUUAUUUUCCAAAUGUGCCUGAAUGUUAAAGCAAGACAGAUUAUUUCCAAAAACUACAGUUCCAAUAUCUUUUUGGUAUUCUUAAUAAUCUUGAGCUUCUAAUUUGACAAACUGGCGAAAAUUACACCAAGGGUCUAUUUUAGGGCCAACGCCUACGAGAAGUCACAGCUUCAACUUUUAAGUAAACAUUUUGUAAACUUUUUUUUAUCAAGUAAAAACAUGUUGUUCUUAAACCAAUAUAUUUAAGGUAAAAAUGACAAAGUAGCUUACAAAAGUUGUUAAAUAUUAAAUAGUAAGUCUCCACUGUUAAAAUAAACGCUAUCAAACUAAUUAUAAUAAUUUAUUUACUAUUCGAAAAAUCAAUGUCAGUUUCAUGUUUAAACCGCAUUAUAAUUAUGUACGUAAUUAAAUAUUUAUGUUCCAGUAGGAAGUUAUCGCUGUAAUUAGUUAACAGUAGCAGUUGUUAAUUACAAUCGUUUCCAAUGCUCUGCUUUGAAAAUGUUACGAUAAGUAGUUAUUUAAUUUCAUAAUGAAUGGGGUAUGAAAUUGUAGUUAUUCACUGAAUUAUAUCUUUUGUAUGAUACUUAUUUAAUAUUAAUUAGUAAUUAUAAGUAUAAACUACUGCCUUCAAAGUAUUUCUGUUUUGUGCCUUGUGUUAGAUCUUAUGAAUGAAAUGCGUUCAGUACUUAUGCCAUGUUUAUAGUGCCUUGGUAUGACGUCCUGUUGCUAUGUGGUCAUAUAGGUACGCGUUCAGACGACACUAUCUUUAAAACACAGACAUGCCUACAGCGCUAUCAUGAGCUCAUCCGCUCAUGUUCCAAUGUUAACAUGAUAACAAUUCGUAUUGUCUUCAUUAUUUUGAGCUCUCUAAAGCGCGAGUCACACGGAUGGAAUCUGCUGCUUCAUCAGAGGUGACCUUGUUUUUUCCCAUCCGUUUAGUCUAGACUGCAGAUGUAAUCAAGAGUCAAUAUAAAUACACGGAUAGAAGCUAAGCUCCCUCUAAGGUCACAUCUGAUAGGCACAAGUUUACCGUAUGGAACGUGCUUUAAGUUCUGCGUUUUCAUAACUUGUGUUACCUCAUUUUGGUGUUACUGCAUAGGUAAUUACUAUUAGUCUGAUAAGAUUGAUUGUUCCCAUUCUGAUUUCAAAAUGUUAUAAAGCCGACUUCUUCAGUAACAGUCAGCGUGGCGUGGCAAUAACAGACCAUUAGUUAAAUGUGUAUUUUUAUCAAAGUAACUUGUGAUUUAUUGGCGUCAAUUGCAAUAGGUUAUAAGCUUUUUACGAUUGAUAGUAAUGGAAGACAAUCAAUUAAAUGAUUGCAUCCAACCAUCCUUGGGCUAUGAGGAACAAUAAUAAUUGAACGUUUGAAAGGUAAACAAAAUAAGAUUGUCAGAGAUGACACAAGCACAUUACUCGUUGAUAAUCAUGCUUCUGCAUUGCUUAGGUUAGGUUAGUCUGUAGGUACUUACCUAUUUAUUUGUCAUAUAUCUUUACUCUGGCGAGAGCCAUCACCGAAAAUGUAUCAAAGAAAAUCAACAACAGAUGUAUUUCUUGAAAGAAAAGCUUAAGCAAAAAACAUUGUAAUAAUGUCGUAUGCGCAUUGUUCUUAAAUAUCAUACCUUGUAAUACAAAGUGUACUUAACGUUAAAUGCGCAAAACCUCUCAGACUCUAAACGAUUUUUUUGUCAUAAAAAAUUGAUUUUCUACGAGUUGCUUAGCUGUUUUUACAUACUAAGUUCUGCUGGCAAUUCUUGUAAUUUCAAAUAGACACGUUAAUAUUUUUAAUAAUGAUUAAAAAAAAAUGUAAGCUGUUAGAAGGUGGUUUAAUUGAUUCUGCUUUUUGUUCUGAAUAAACUAUUUACAGGUUUUGCGCAUUUAAUGGUACCUAUACGUUGUAUAAUUAGAAUAAGAUUGUAAGAGGCUCACGAGAGAUAUUGAUGUAUAAACAACCCGUGUUAUCUAUACCGAAUGAACACGUAGGCAGUUAUUUUGAAUUGCAAAAAGGUAAUUAAUUUCAACAGUUAGAAUUUUAUAACUAUGCCUAUAUAUACCGGUUAGAUCAUUUAAGGAAAAUGGUUUGGCGUGACCAGCAUUGGAGUAUACUAUUAUGGUUUGCAGCAGUGAUGCAGAUUUCAGUGCCCGACGGACAAAAUACGCAACUAUUCGUCCUACAUUUAUUUUUAAAAUAUUAUAACUGUAACUUGCCUUAUACUUUAGUGGGUGCUGAAACCUAAAUCACUUUGACACGCGUGUCCUUACAAUCACAAUAGAGCGUAUAAUUAAAUUUUCAUGUGAAAAUGAGCGAGACUGAACUUCUUGUAAAAAGCACAAAGCAAACACAACUUAAAAUUAAUUCUGCCUAGCAGUUUUGGUGCUUAUGAUGUACCUACUACUGCCUACUUACUAAAUAUGUACCUACCUAUAUUCUACGAACAAAACUGCAUACAUUAUAUGUACCUAUUGUUAAAUUACUUAAUACAUUUCUGUGCGCUAUUGAAACUUAA